UCCUCCAAUAACACCGCAUCAGUAACAGACCGAGCCCGUAGCUCCGCCCGCUGUCGGAUCAACGGACGCACACACACACACACACACACACACACACACACUUGCCGCUCCUGCUGGAACAUUACAGGCGCGCGGCUGUUGUUGCUUUAUAUUGUUUAUUUUAGUUUUCUGGAGCAUCGCGUGCAGCGCGGAGUAACGGUCGCAGCAUCCCUGCGCAGGACUGAAGCACGGAACGCGAAGCGGUUUUGUUCAGCAGAGGAUUUCGAGUGAAUACAGCUGAUCGAGUGCAGGGGAGGACACAGCAGAGCCGUCACGAUGUGCAUUUGACAAAUACCCGGGGGCCAUACAGGCGAGCUGAUGAGGAUGACGAUGGUGAGUGAGCUGAUGGUCUGAUGGUUUGGUAAUAAUGGACGUUCCCAAUGGCCAGCCCAGCGUCUCUACCUUCACGACCCCGGCCUCAGAGAGGAGCAGCAGUUCUGAGUCCCUCAGUGAGAAGGGCCCAUCAGAGCUCAAGAGCUUUGACGCCGUGGUCUUCGACGUGCUGAAGGUCACGCCAGAGGAAUAUGCAGGUCAGAUCACUCUUAUGGAUGCUCCAGUGUUCAAAGCCAUUCAACCCGAGGAGCUCUCUAGUUGUGGCUGGAACAAGAAGGAGAAGCACAGUUCAGCGCCGAAUGCCGUGGCCUUCACACGACGCUUCAACCAGGUGAGUUUCUGGGUGGUGAGGGAGAUUCUUCAUGCUCAGACUCUGAAGAUCAGAGCAGAAGUGUUGAGCCUCUAUAUCAGAACAGCAAAGAAACUGUGUGACAUGAAUAGCCUCCAUGCAGUGAUGGCGGUAGUAUCUGCUUUACAGAGCGCUCCCAUCUUCAGGCUCUCCAAGACCUGGGCUCUUUUAAGUCGGAAGGACAAGGCCACGUUUGAGAGGCUGGAGUAUCUGAUGUCUAAAGAAGACAACUAUAAACGCUUGAGAGAUUACAUCAGCAGCCAGAGCAUGACGUCCUGCAUCCCGUAUCUGGGUAUAUAUCUGUCUGAUCUGACCUACAUCGAUUCGGCGUAUCCUUCCACUGGCAGCAUUCUUGAAAACGAACAGCGUUCCAACCUCAUGAACAACAUUCUGAGAAUCAUCUCAGACCUGCAGAGAUCCUGUGAAUAUGAUAUCCCAGUAUUGCCGCAUGUCCAGAAGUAUCUCAACUCUGUUCGCUACAUUGAGGAGUUACAGAAGUUUGUGGAGGACGACAAUUAUAAGUUGUCCCUAAAGAUUGAGCCACCAGCUACCAGCACACCUCGCACCACUGCCUCUAGAGAAGACCUCACAGAAACAUCUGCGUCACCGCUAUGUGGUCGUCGUGGUAAUGUUGCCGAGGGUGCCCUGCCUAAAGUCCCGCCAACGCCCCCCUCACCCCGGAACCUCAUCACCUACGGACACAGGAAGUGCCACAGCCUUGGCUACAAUUUUAUCCACAAAACAAACACGGUGGAGUUUAAAAGCGCAACAUUUCCCAACGCCGGAUCCAGACAUCUGCUGGACGACAGCGUGCUGGAAAGUCACACACCCACACGAGGGCAGGCGGAGAGCUCAACGCUGUCUAGCGGCAUUUCACUGGGAAGCAGUGAAGGCUCGGAGCUCAGUGAGGAGAUGUCUUGGCCUGCCUUUGAGAGGACUCGAUUCUACCACUCUCUGGGCCCAGUCAGCAGAGUGGGCCGCAUCUCCUGCAGAGGAGCGCUCAGGCCCAGCAGCUCUGCUGAGUCAGAGGAGCUGGCGGUGCAUCUUUACCCAGGAGCCGUCACAGUUCAGGGCGUCUUACGCAGAAAAACAGUCCUCAAGGAGGGCAAGAAACCCACGGUGGCAGCAUGGACUAAGUAUUGGGUGGCUCUUUGUGGUACUCAGCUUUACUAUUAUACUGCCAAGUCCCUCAAGGCCACAGAGAGGAAGCAUUUCAAGUCCACUGCCAGCAAAAGUGUUUCUGUUUUGGGUUUAAUGGCCAUGAUGGCAGACGACCCGGAGCAUCCCGACAUCUUCCUGCUGACAGACUCGGAGCAUGGAAACUCGUAUAAGUUCCAGGCAGGGAACAGAAUGAACGCUCUGCUGUGGUUCAAACACUUGAGUGCAGCUUGUCAAAGCAACAGGCAACAGGUCCCAGCGAACCUAAUGUCCUUCGAAUAAGUGAGACCAGAACGAAUCAAAGUUCAUGAGCAGCUGGAUGACAGGAGAGCAGAGGAAUAUGAGGAACGCUGGGGAAGGAGGAGAGACCAGAGAUGAAUAAAAGAGCAAAUGACUUGUGUUUUUUUGUGUGCGUUGGAGCUUUUCCACUGCCAUCACCCAGCCUGAACCCCACAGCAAACUCCUCGAGCACCACUGCCUUAACAAGCAGAGUGUGAGUGUAUGUGUGUGUGAAAGAGAUCGUGACGCAGCAGCAAUGGUGUCCCCUCUGCUGGUCUGACCUGAAAGGACCUUAUUCCUUUUACAUUUUAUUUACACUUCCUCCACUUCCUUCCAUCUGAUUCCCAGAAAGUGAGGAUCUUGGUUUCUUCUUUAAGGAGUCAUGGACUCUUCACGGACCUCUGGAGUUUGUUUACACCUUCUUUACCUUGUUUGUUGCUUGAAUUUUAUGUAUUAACUGGUUGUAAAUCUAAUCCACGCUCCUCCUCCUCUGACAAAGCACACCCUGGAAACUCUCCGACUCUCCAAAAUCGACCCUCAAACACAUAAUCACACAAGACGUUGAUUGUGUCUUUGCACACUUGAGUUAGGCUCAUGCAAGCAUAACACAUGAUUUUCAACUGCAGGAAAUGGAAGACCCUCACAUAUUAAAACCCAACUCCGAAACGCAACCAGAAAGGGCUCCGAUACUCAAUGAAUUCCAGAUGAAAAGACUCUAUUCUUCUUCUGAAUGUCUCCUUCAGAGUUUUCUAUUCAACUUCUGUUCUCUUUUAUGGAUUCUGUAGCUUUCUUUUUAGCUUAUAUCAACACAAACAUGUUCGUUUUGCUAGAAGACACCUGAAAUGUUCUACAGGACGGUGUGUAGGAUGAAAGGAUUGAGAAAGGAAGAGCUCAUCAAGAUGUUUGAAGACUUCAAAACAUCAGCAAUAAGCACCGGUUUACACCAGUUCAAUCAAACAGUAAAAGAAUCGUGUGUUCGCUUCCGGAUUCACAAUACGAGUCGUCUAUGAGGACACACGUACAUAAACACACUUUUCAAGCUGUGAAUGUUAGUGGGCACAGAGGUUUACAUCUCCAAACUUGUGUUUAGUACUAUUAUGUUUAUUUUUUUUUUUCUCCAAUCUACCAGUGGUUUUCCAAUGGAAUAUUGUGAACGGUGGGAGACGGAGCAGGAGAUAAGGCACUUGUGCGCUAGUGUUUUUCACAGCAUCAACAGCCCUUGUUUACUGCUGUUGAUGAUUUAAUUUUAUGUAAUGUGGUUUUAUUUUAUUAUUUUAUUUCAGUAUUACUGGGAUAGUUGCACAUGUCUAGACUAUUUUAAUUGUCUGUUACAUUAACAUGUUACAUGUUAUUUUGUCAUUUUCAUUUCGAAAGUAACGCCACCUCAACUUGGCUUCGGUAGGAUGAUGGAGAUGUUUUCUUCUUGUUGAGCCAUUAAGGUUCUGUUCAUUUAGAGAACAGCUUUAUCAGUUUUUUUUUUGGGAACAAGAGAUGUCGUCUGUUAAGCUCAGAACAAAUGAUUCGCGUUAACAGAGCAGGAGACGUUAUCCCGCCGGACCAGGAUGUCUCAGGAUGUUUGAUUAAAUGGGUCCAUCUUUAUCUUUUGUUUUUAUGGUGAAUAAAUCUUAUGGGGCCCCUAAAGGGACAUGGUAGUGGGGGGUGGUGGGGGGUGGAUAUGAGAUGAGAGGAAAAAUAAUAAUUGCUCGCUUCCCCAAGAAACUUUGCGUUCGCUCACAAAACGUUUUGUGUUCCAGCUAGAAACGUUGCAUUCGCUUGUUAAAUAUUUUGCAUUCUCUUUUAAAACGUUUUGCAUUCCAACUAGAAACUUUGUGUUCACUCGCUGAACAUUUUGCGUUCCAGAGAAACUUUGCGUUCUCUCGCUAAACGUUUUGCGUUCCCCUGCGAAACAUGGCGUUCUCUCACAAAACGUUUUGUGUUCCACCUAGAAACUUUGCGUUCGCUCGUUAAACAUUUUGCAUUCCAGAGAAACUUUGCGUUCUCUUGCUAAAGUUUUGUUCCACCAAGAAAUUUGCAAACAUGAAGUUUCUCGGGGGAACGCAAAACACUUUGUGAGCGAAUGCAAAGUUUCUCAGAGGAAUGCAAAACGUUUUGAGAGAGAACGCAAAACGUUUUCUGUUCCCAAGAAACUUUGUGUUCACUCUUUUUAGCUCUUUGCAAGUGAAUGCAAGAUUUCUUGGUGGAACGCAAAAGUUUUGGCAAAGUUUCUCUGGGAACGCAAAACAUUUGUGAGAGAAACUUUGUGUUCUCUCACAAAAUGUUUUGCAUUCCACCUAGAAACUUUGCAUUUGCUCGCUAAACAUUUUGCGUUCCAGAGAAACUUUGCGUUCUCUUGCUAAAGUUUUGUUCCACCGAGAAAUUUGCAAACAAAGUUUCUCGGGGGAACGCAAAAUGGUUUUUGAGCGAAUGCAAAGUUUCUCAGAGGAAUGCAAAACGUUUUCUGUUCCCAAGAAACUUUGCGUUCACUUCCAAAACGUUUUGCAUUCCUCUGAGAAACUUUGCGUUCACUUCCAAAACGUUUUGCAUUCCUCUGAGAAACUUUGUGUUCACUUCCAAAAUGUUUUGCAUUUCCCUGAGAAACUUUGCGUUCUCUCACAAAGUGUUUUGCAUUCCUCUGAGAAACUUUACAUUCACUAACAAAGCGUUUUGCGUUCCCCCAAGAAACUUUGUGUUCACUCUUUUUAGCUCUUUGCAAGUGAAUGCAAAGUUUCUUGGUGGAACACAAACGUUUUUGCAAAGUUUCUCUGGGAACGCAAAACAUUUGUGAGAGAAUGCAGAAGCAUUGACAAGUAAUUUUCCUCCUCAUAUUUUUUCCUUCACCAUUUUUUUUUAUGUUCCCCUGAAAAACUUUGCGUUCGCGCUUUUUAGCUCUUUGCAAGUGAAUGCAAAGUUUCUUGGUGGAAUGUAAAAGUUUUUGCAAACUUUCUCUGGGAACGCAAAACAUUUGUGAGAGAAACUUUGUGUUCUCUCACAAAAUGUUUUGCAUUCCACCUAGAAACUUUGCGUUCGCUCGCUAAACAUUUUGUGUUCCAGAGAAACUUUGCGUUCUCUUGCUAAAGUUUUGUUCCACCGAGAAAUUUGCAAACAAAGUUUCUUGGGGAAACGCAAAAUGCUUUGUGAGCGAAUGCAAAGUUUCUCAGAGGAACGCAAACCGUUUUCUGUUCCCAAGAAACUUUGCGUUCACUUCCAAAAUGUUUUGCAUUCCUCUGAGAAACUUUGCGUUCUCUCGCGAAACGUUUUGCAUUCCCCUGAGAAACUUUGCGUUCUCUCGCAAAAUGUUUUGCAUUCCCCUGAGAAAUUUUGCGUUCUCUCUUUUUAGCUCUUUGCAAGUUAAUGCAAAGUUUCUUGGUGGAACGCAAAAGUUUUUGCAAAGUUUCUCGGGAACGCAAAACAUUUGCGAGAGAAUGCAGAAACAUUGACAAGUAAUUUUCCUUUAUCUCAUAUUUUUUCCUUCACCAUUUUUUUUUAUGUUCCCCUGAAAAACUUUGCGUUUGCGCUUUUUAGCUCUUUGCGAGUGAAACAAAGUUUCUCUGGAACGUAAAACAUUUGUGAGAGAAUGCAGAAGCAUUGACAAGUAAUUUUCCUCUAUCUCUUUUUUUUUUUUUUCUUGACCAUUGUUUUUUUAUGUUCCCCGAAAAACUUUGGGUUCACGCUUUUUAGCUCUUUGCGAGCGAACGCAAAGUUUCUCGGGAACGCAAAACAUUUGCGAGAGAAUGCAAAAGCAUUGACAAAUAAUUUUUCCUCCAUCCCAUAUUUUUUCUUUACCCACACAUUAGGGCCUCCGUAAGAUCCUCUUCUUCUGUUUUUCAUUGACUAGUUUAUUUUUCCAAGCUCAGCUCUACUGUUUCCAUUUGUGUGGAACGCCAUACUGAGUUUCAGAGUCUUGUUUCAAACUCUCUGAGAAUAGGAGAAAAGAUCUUGGGCAAUAAAUCAAUCCAUGAUUCCAACUUUGAUUGAAUAAUGAGCGCAAGAAACUUCUUCCAGAGUGUUGAAGUGUUGCAGUAUCUUUCUUUGACCAACAAUAAUAAACCAAAUUGACACGAAUAAAUGGUAAUGGAGGAGUUGGCAACAGGUUUAUACAAGGCCUGACUUCAUUAACAAGUUAUCACCAUUUUCUUUGUGGUGUUUUUUGCGUGGAUUUGAGUGGAGAUGAUUGGAUGCUGAGGUAGAGGAAGUCUUACGUUGCUUGUCUUCUUUAGACAGAAUAUUUUUGUAAGGUGUCUUUGACAUAAAAGGGAGGAUUUUAUAGUAUAUGGGGCAACAAUGAGACAGUUGAGAAAUGCUGGUUGUGACUGGUUAGCUGAUCUGGGGUAGAAUUUUGUUUACAUACGUUUAUUUUCUUCUGUGCUUUUAAUAUCAGGAGUUAGCACUUUGGGUUGUGCAGAAGCUCUGAAAUCUGCCACAUAAAAGAGACAAGAGGUGAAAAAAGUCAAUAAGCAGAAUGAGACACUCGAAAAGCUGCCGACAAAGCCUUUACAUGAUCGGAGAAAUGUUAUUUUGGCUCAUACUGUGAAGUUCUGUGAGGCUGGUUUGUCGUGUUUGAGCUGUCGUCAUGGCACAGGCGGUGAAGUUUCAGAAGAUCUUGUGUGGUCGUGAUCAAAUGAACUUGGCACAAAGGUGUUGAAAUGGGAAUUUUUCCAAUUAAAUGAAGUGGAAAAGUGGCUGUAUGCUCGUAAACAUCACGCCAGACACUGAUUUAUGCAUCUUGACAAGUCACCGACCUUUUCCAGCGAGGACUUGGACCAAAGUAAAUUACAAUGCUAUUGGCUCCACAGCAUUGUCUAGCUUUCUUUCUCUAAAAUGUUCCUUAGACAUGGAUAACAGUUGACGUCAUGGAAUAGUAAUAAACGGUGGAAUGGAAUGGUUAAUAAACAGAGACAGAAGAACAGUGGAAAUCGUGACUAAGCUGCCUCUGUUAUGAAAUGCAUUUUUGGACCUUUUUAAUUUUUUUUUUUUCCCCCUCGGUUGUUUAUUUCACACUACAUCCAUCUCUCUCUCUCUCUCUCUCUCUCUCUCUCUCUCUCUGUGAACAAUAAUGAAAUUGUCCAUGACAUUUAUUUCAUGGAUUUUUUUUUUUUCUGUAACUACAGUAAUAAUAAAUGUUAUUUUUGUUGUUGCUGGUUUUUUCCCCGCUCUAUACAGUUUACAGUUUUGUUCAGUCUUUUCAGUGAAAUUCUCCAACAUAUUUUGUGCUGUUCGGUUUCACUGUCUUUAUAUGUACAAUAUGUAUGGUAUCAUACACACAUGUGAUAUUGACAGAUGGACUUCUCAUCUUCUCUGCCGCUUUCUUUGGCUGUUUGAACUUCACCGCAUCACACGUUUAAUGUGAUGGUGUGUUACAAAGGACUGAUAAUGAUUUGUAGUGAGUUGUUUCAGAAAUGAAUUUGAUUGUGUGUGUUUGCGUGUGUAUGUGUGUCUCACUCUGUGCCAUCCUGUAUCACCUGCUCCCACCCACCCUGUCUGAUCCCACACCCACUGGGACCCAUGACCCAGUGUAGCGCUAUGACCUUUGACCUAAGAGAUGUGCUCCUGGGUUCCAGACAGGACAAAAAUAAUAAACACUUUUGGUUGGUUGUUUUUUAA